UCCUGAUGCUCCUCUAACCGAAUCUCUUUCGCAUUGGGACACUUCUAAACAAGCUUCUUUGACGAAUCCACAGAAUAGUUCAAUUAUGUUAGAGUUAGCUGGUGCUUAUGGUGUGUGGCAUUCUGAAGACACGGAUAUUUCUCCUUACUCUAUUACUUCUACUGAAUUUGAUGUAUCUCUACCUCUUGAAAACGGCAAAAUCCAAACUCCUACAGUUUCUACGUCAGCCAGUGGUUGGAACUCACUGGAAAAUCAAACUAAGUGGUCCGAGAGCAAUAGUGUCGCAGAUCGUAGCAAUAAUACAUCUUGUGAGCCGUCUAUUCCUGAAGGAGGCACAGGCAAAGGUAUCUCAAACACAAUUGCUACUGGUGCUGUCGACAAUGAAGGAUCUACUAAAGCAUUUAUAGGAAACAAUGGCGCCAACGAGCAUUUGCCGACGCCCACUACUGCUUUUUCCUUGCCUAACGCUUCCUUUGCUUUUGACGAUGAUCCUGUUUUGAAAUUGAUCAAUACACACGAUGGUUGGGGUACGCGUCCUGUAGAUCAAUCUAUUCCCUGGGAUAUUUCGACCACUUGUGCUACUUCUUCGAUUGUUGUGUCAAGCAGAACUGCUUCAACAACUCCUGUGCCUUUUAAUCAGCCCUCAUUGCAACCACAACAACUUAUGCUUAUUAGACGCGGAAUCGCAAGUAUGCCGACAUCUGAUGACGCAUUACCUGAGUCAGGAGUUUGGACCAGUGAACCUCCUAACGGUACAGGCAUUUGGGAAGCCCAUUACGAGUCAAUGGGUCAACGUACCGCUAGAUGGCAACAACAAAACGCUUCUCAAAUCCCUUCAAACAUGCACCCUCAACUUCAUCCUACUCUGCACCACGAUUCGUUUUUCUCUCAGAAUCAUGAUAAUUCUAUUACACCAUCUGAUCCAAAUUUGCCUAAAUGGCGGAAUCUUCACUCCUCAUCAGGACGUGAGUACUUUGAAACGCCU